AUGCACUCCGUCCUCUCCCUCACGGCCCUUGCCGCCGUCCUGCCCCAGGCCCUCGCAGCCUACCAGGGCUUCAACUACGGCUCGACCUUCACAGAUGGCUCGGCCAAGGCCCAGUCUGACUUUGAGAAUGAGUUCAAGACCGCCGCUGGUCUUGACGGCACCAACGGUGCCUUUACCAGCGCUCGUCUCUACACUAUGAUUCAAGGUGGCACUGCCAACGACGUCAUCUCUGCCAUUCCGGCUGCCAUCAGCACCAAGACCAGUCUGCUGCUCGGUCUCUGGGCGUCUGGCGGUGAUGCUGGCUUCGCCAACGAGCUUGCUGCGCUCAAGGCUGCCAUCAGCACCUACGGCGAGUCUCUCGGCCCCCUGGUUGCCGGUAUCUCGGUCGGCUCCGAGGACCUGUACCGCAUCACCCCCACCGGUAUUGAGAACGAGUCCGGUGUCGGUGCCGGCCCUGAUGUCCUGACCAGCUACAUCAAGCAGGUCCGUGAGGCCAUUGCCAACACCCCGCUGUCCGGCGCCUCGAUUGGCCACGUCGACACCUGGACGGCCUGGGUGAACGGCUCCAACACUGCCGUCAUCGACGCCAUUGACUGGCUCGGCGUGGACGCCUAUCCGUACUUCCAGAACACCAUGGCCAACGGCAUUGCCCAAGGUCCGGGCUUGCUCAACGACGCUAUUAGCGAGACCACUGGUGUUGCCCAGGGCAAGCCCGUCUGGAUUACGGAGACUGGCUGGCCCGUCAGCGGUAAAACGGAGAACGAGGCCGUUGCUUCGACUGAGAACGCCAAGACGUUCUGGGACGAGGCCGGCUGCCCGCGCUUUGGCAGCGUCAACGUCUGGUGGUACACUCUGCAGGAUGCCGCGCCCUCCACCCCCAACCCCAGCUUCGGUGUCAUCGGCUCGACCCUGACCACCACCCCUCUGUACGACCUGUCUUGCAGCGGCUCCAGCAGCAACAGCACCUCGACCUCGUCCACGGCCGCGGCCGCCGCGAGCUCCAGCGCUGCUAAGUCUUCGACUCCCGUCAAGAACUCGUCCUCGGCCGCCGCCUCCCACGCUGCCUCGUCGCCCGGUGUUGUCAUCGGCGGCGGCGGUGCCGGUGGCUCUAGCGUCCAUGUUCAGACCACGCUGCCCUCCACCACCGCUGUGAACACGGCUACGUCGACCCCCUCGGCGGCCCGCACCUCUGCCACUGGCUCUGGCUCGGGCUCGGGCUCGGGCUCGGGCUCUGGUAAUGGUACCUCCCCCUCCACUGGCCGUGUCGGUCCCACCACCACUUCCUCGGGCGGCGCCACCACCACCAGCGGUCCUGUUGUCGUGACCAACGGCGCUGUGGCCAUGUCGGGCUCCAUCGGCGCUGGCUUCGCUGCCGUCAUGGCUGCCAUCCUUGCUCUGUAA